AUGCUCCCCAGCAGAAAUGAACCCAUCGCCAUCAUAGGCAUGGGCUGCCGCUUCCCAGGUGAAGCCAGCUCCCCCUCCAAACUCUGGGACCUCCUCCACAACCCGCGCGACGUCGCCCGCGACAUCCCCGACUCCCGAUUCAACCUCGACCGCUUCUACCACCCAACCGGCAGCCACCACGGCACCACCAACAUCCGCCAGGCCUAUCUCCUUUCCGAAGACGUGCGCGAGUUCGACGCAAAAUUCUUCUCCAUCCCCCCAGGUGAAGCAGAGGCCAUCGACCCGCAGCAACGCCUCCUCCUCGAGGUCGCUUACGAGGCCCUCGAAUCCUCCGGCCAUACGUUGGCCGACCUGUCCAACUCGAAUACCGGCGCCUUUGUCGGCCUCAUGUCCCAGGACUACUUCGCGCUUAGUGGCCAGGAUGUGAACUCCGUCCCGACUUACGCUGCGUCCGGUACGGCGGCGAGUAAUGCCUCCAGCCGACUCUCGUACUUCUUUAACUGGCAUGGCCCGUCCAUGACGAUAGACACCGCCUGCUCCUCUAGUCUCGUCGCUGUGAAUGAGGCAGUCCAGGCCCUUCGAAACGGCACGAGCCGCGUCGCUGUAGCUUGUGGGACAAACUUGUGUUUGUCUCCCUCUACGUUCAUCACGUUGAGCAAGCUCAGUAUGUUGUCGCCGACGUCUCGAUGUCGCAUGUGGGAUGUCGACGCAGAUGGCUACGCUCGAGGCGAAGGUGUUGCUUGCGUUGUUCUGAAGACUCUCAGUGAUGCGAUUGCAGACGGGGACCAUAUCGAAGCCGUGAUUCGGGAAGUGGGCGUGAAUCACGAUGGCAGGACGAAGGGGUUGACUAUGCCCAGUGCUACGGCCCAGGCGGCGCUCAUUCGAGACACUUAUGCCCGCGCUGGGCUGGAUCCGACGAAGGAGGCUGAUCGGUGUCAGUAUUUUGAAGCGCAUGGCACGGGAACGAAAGCUGGGGAUCCUCAAGAAGCCGAAGCCCUGAUGAGAGCUUUUUUCCCUGACGCUAACUCCGAAGGCGAACUCUUCGUCGGGUCUAUCAAAACCGUGGUCGGUCACACCGAAGGCACAGCGGGACUGGCAGGUCUCAUGAAGGCUUGUCUUGCGCUUCGCAAUGCAACAAUUCCCCCAAAUUUACUGUUCAAUAAAUUAAACCCUGACCUUGAACCGUUUACAAGCCAUCUCCGUGUUCCUACGGCCAAUCAACCUUGGCCUGAAUUGCCAGAUGGUAAGCCGCGAAGAGCUAGUGUCAACAGCUUUGGUUUUGGAGGGACCAACGCCCACUGCAUUCUUGAAACAUACUAUCCACCAACGCCCAGUGACCCAGUCCCUGAAAUAGAGACGGCCACAUCAGGAACAUGCUGUAUUCCAGCUGUAUUCACUGCAGCAUCUGAUAACUCGUUGGCGACACUCCUGCAGUCCACACUUGAAUUCAUGGACCAGAACGCAGACGUCAAUAUCGGUGGACUGGCAUACAACUUGAGCACCAAGCGAUCUGCUCUGCAGCGAAGACUCGCACUAUCCGCUGCAUCGAUCGACGAGCUUCGCGAAAAGAUCAAGUCCACGAUAGAAGCCGCUUCAGAGAAAGACGCCACUUUACCCUCCACUUCAGCCUUACCUGGAACUGCUUCCUUGCUCGGCGUUUUCACCGGCCAGGGCGCUCAGUGGCAAGGCAUGGGGUCCCAGCUUAUAUCGUCAAUCCCGCUGGCCAGGAGGACCGUCGAAGAGCUGGAUUCAUCUCUCGCCAGCUUACCGUCCUACCACCGCCCAUCAUGGACUCUAGCUGACGUACUUACUGACAGCACUGCGCCCGUCGGCGAAGCCUCUCUUUCGCAGCCUCUCUGCGCGGCUGUACAAGUCAUCCUGGUUGACCUGCUCCGCGCCGCGGGAGUCAAGUUCCAGGCCGUUGUUGGGCAUUCCUCUGGAGAGAUUGCUGCUGCCUAUGCGGCGGGCUUCAUCACUGCAUGGGAUGCUAUCCGCAUUGCAUACUACCGGGGAUUCUACGCCAAUAUGGCGUCCGGCCCUGCGGGAGAGAAGGGCGCAAUGCUGGCUGCCGGGACCUCCUUUGAGGAUGCCAGUGAACUUUGCCAACUUGAUGACUUCGAUGGGAGGAUCUGCGUGGCUGCCCAUAACUCUCCUACUAGCGUGACUCUGUCGGGUGAUAUCGACGCUAUAACCCAGGCACAAGGGGUGCUUGACGAGGAGGAGAAAUUCGCCCGGAUUUUAAAGGUCGACACCGCGUACCACUCGGCCCACAUGCUUAAAUGCUCUGCAUCGUACCUUGCGGCAUUGAGAAACUGCAACAUACAAGUCCAACAGCCCGGGCGCGACGCACCGCAGUGGUUCAGCAGCGUCCGAAACGGUCAGGUCAUCAAUAGCCCGGAAAGUCUGGACGACCAAUACUGGGUCGAUAACAUGGUCCAGCCCGUGUUAUUCUGCCCGGCUGUUGAAACAUGCUUGACAUCUACGGCCAAAGACAUCAACUGCGGCGUAGAAGUCGGGCCGCAUCCUGCCUUGCAGAGACCUGUGAAGGAUUCCAUUCUUGCCGCUGUGGAUCGGGAAAUCCCAUAUACUGGCACCUUGAACCGUGGAAAGAGCAGUGCGAUGGCAUUUUCCGACGCACUUGUAUUCCUUUGGAGUCGGUUUGGCCCCGCUGCUGUGACGCUCGGAGCUUUCCAGCAGACAAAUUACCCGGAUACUCCAACUACGAUGAUCCGCGGUCUUCCAACCUACCCAUGGACUCAUGACAGGGGGUACUUUCCCGAAUCAAGGCUCAUCAAGACCUUCCACAAUCAUCCGGUGCCCUUCCAUGACUUACUAGGCAUCCAGACGCCAGACGGAGCAACGGAGGAAUGGAGGUGGCGGAAUAUCCUGAAGACGAAUGAACUCAAGUGGUUGUCGGGACACUCGCUCCAAGGCCAGGUCGUCUUUCCCGCAACAGCUUACAUCUGCCUUGCCAUGGAAGCAGCACUGCAACUGGCCCAAGGGAGACCCGUGAAAUCAAUCGAUCUCUUCGAUCUUGAAAUCCGCAAAGCCAUCGCCAUCCACGACUCCACAGGCACUGAGCUCCUCACAUCAAUGACCAAGGUGUCUACCCUCGACACCGAGUCGGAAGAAAUCACUGCUGAUUUCGCGGCCUACUCAACCAUAAGCAAAGACGCUGCCAACCUUGCGCUCAACUGCUGCGGUCGUGUGCGUGUGCUCCUAGGAGAGGGCGAGGACUCGGCAUCCCACUUCUCACCUAGACUUCCCCCACUGGGAAAACUGACCGCAGUAGACGUGGACAGCUUCUACAAGAUCCUGCGAGAUGACUUCGGAUUCGGAUACGAGGGCCCCUUCCGCGCGCUCAUGAAUGUGUCCCGCAAAGCCGGCUUCGCGACGGGAACAAUUCGGUGCGAGAGGUUCGACGAUUCCGAAACGUCUCUGCUCUUCCAUCCCGGUAUGCUGGAUAGUGCCCUGCAGGGUCUGAAUGCCGCCCAUAGCGCCCCUGGAGAUGGCCGGCUCUGGACGAUCGUGGCGCCGACCUUCUGUCGUCGGAUCUCGAUCAUCCCUGGACUCUGCGGCAGCAACAUGACAGAUAAUGUCGAGAUCGACUGCAACAUCACCGAUCCUCACGAUACGCACGUCACUGGAGAUGUGGAGGUCUUCUCAGAGGGUUUCCAGGAGAAGAUUAUCGAGGUUGAGGGGCUCACCUUCUCCCCGUUUGCGGGCGCGACUGUUGAGGACGACCGGUAUCUCUUCCAGGAGUCGUUCCUGUGCCUUGAUAAGCCGAACGCGGAUGUUAUCUUUGGGGAUAGACAGGCGACUCCCAAGGAGAGCAGGAAGGCUCUCGACGCUGAGCGCGCGGCGUUUUACUACCUCAAGAUCUUCCAUCUCUCGGUGAGUCCGGAGCAGCGCGAGACCCUUCCGUGGUAUCGACAGUCUUUGCUGAAGAACGCUGAGCGGCUGUUCCACAUUGUCAAGGACGGGAAACAUCCGUUUGCCUCACAGUCUUGGGUGAGUGAUACCAGAGACGAUAUAUUCAAGAUGAUGGACAGCUAUCCUCCGACAGACGCCGAUUUCAACCUGACCAAGGCCGUCGGAGAACAUCUUCUUCUGCCUCCGGUGCUGAAUGGAGAUACCAGCAUCCUGCAAUACAUGACCAAGGAUAACUACCUUGAGCAGUACUAUGUAAAUGCCGUCGGGUUCCAGCGGCUCAACUUCUUGAUUGCCGGGGUGAUGGAACAGCUUUGCUUGAAGUCUGCCCGAAUGAACUUCCUUGAAGUCGGCGCUGGAACUGGUGGCGCGACCAAGGCGAUCCUGGAGAAGAUCGGGUACUCCUAUUCAUCUUAUACGUAUACCGACAUUUCCAGUGCCUUCUUCGGCCAUGCUGCAGACCACUUCCAAUCGCACGUCAGCAAGAUGAUUUUCAAGACCUUGGAUAUCACGAAGGACCCCGCUGGACAGGACUUCACCCCGCAGAGCUACGAUGUUGUCGUUGCCUCCAAUGUCUUGCACGCGACCGAGUCAUUGAGAUCCGCCCUUGAACAUACACGAAAGCUCUUGCGUCCGGGUGGUUAUCUUGUGAUGGAUGAGAUCAUCCGCAACGACGUGAUGCGCCAUGGUCUCGUCAUGGGCGGUCUCCCAGGCUGGUGGAUCGGCGAGAACGAUGGUCGUUACGGGGGCCCAAGUAUUACUCUCGAGGAAUGGGAUAAGAUCCUUCGAGAGACCGGCUUCAGUGGUAUCGAGACUAAUUCGCCCAUGCGGGACCCAGUGGUCGUGCCCGGAUCCAUUAUCGUUUCUCGGGCUCAAAAUGAUCUCGUCAGCCAGUUGAGCAGGCCUCUCAGCUCAAAGUCUAGUACGGCAACAGACAAAACUCCCUUACUUGUUAUAGGUGGUAGCAGUCCAUUUGUAUCGCCGUUCAGGGACCAGCUCUGUCUCAAUCUAAGGCCGCAGUUCGCAGAUGUCAUUAAAGUUGACCAGUUCGCGAAUCUGCCACCCCUUCCUGAGAGCUACCAUGUCCUCAGUCUCGCGGAGUGCGACGCAAACCUGUUCGAGGACAUUGAGGAGUCUGUCUUCUCGAAUCUAAAGACAGUGCUGGGAUCUGCAUCGAGUGUACUCUGGUUGCUCCGGGAUCGUCGAUCGAAUAAUCCCCAUGCCGGAACUACGCUCGGUCUCUUCAGAACUCUUUUCUACGAAGUUCCCGGGACCCUAUUGCAGACUCUGGAUAUUGACGCCGUCGAUAUAAAGGACUGCUCAGUCAUUGCAAAGUCAAUGUGCCAGCUCAGGCUCCAGUCGGACAUGGCCAGACGUGGUGGGACGGAUGAGAUACGCUGGGAGUUCGAACCAGAACUCGUUCUCAAGGACGGCCAGCUUUAUGUCCCAAGAGUUCGUCCGCAUGAUGGGCAGAACAAUCGAUACAACUCAUCCAAGAGAUCAAUUACUCACAAUGUGGACGUGCACACGACGCCUUUGGCUCUAGAUCUGGUCGACGGCUCGUACAGGGUACGGGAGCAGCACGCCAUAGAGAGAGAUUCACUGGAGCUUGUUACAGUCAGUGUCUCUUGCUCUUUCUUGUCGUCAAUAAAGACCCCAGUGGGAUAUGUAUUCGUCAGUCUCGGAGAAGAUGUCAAGACAGGAGAAAAGACACUUUGCUUCACCAGCCGCAACGAGUCCAUCGUCAAGGCCCCCAAGUCCUGGACGAUAACCCUUGACGAGGUCGAGGUUGACGGACAAUUCAUGUCGUUUGCCAUUGCCGAUCUCACAGUCCAAUGGGUGUUGCAAAUGCUGCCACCCGCAGGAACUGUGCUGGCAUACGAGCCAGAUCCAGUUGCAGCAUCUCUGCUAUCUCAGCAGUUGAACAGGCUGGGCAGGAAGGCUCUUUUCAUGACUUCUAGUCCGGAAAUGUCCAGCCGAAACUGGGUGUACCUCCAUCCUAACAGCACCAAGAGAGCCAUCACUGCCCUCUUACCGGCCGACGUUACCCUGUACGUCGACGCCUCCGGAGCCGACGAAUCUCAGUCCCAAAGUCUCGGAUCCAAGAUUGCGACCUGCCUAUCAUCGGUCUGUGACAAGGUCAAGAUGUCUAGCCUGACUGCAUCAGAAGCGUCCGUUCUUCCGCACGAUGCCCCUGAAGCCAUCACAGAUCUGCUCCGUCGCGUUGCUUCGUUCGCUUCCUCCUUGCUAACCGCACAAGCAACUCCAGAGGGCGCACCACUUGAUAUCUUACCACUCAAACGGGUGGUUGCGAACUUUGCAGUACCAAAUCCCCGCUCGCUCGUUUACUGGCAAGAGGAUCAAUACGUGCCGGUCUCUGUUGAGCCCGUUACGCAACGUGGUGAUCUGUUCCGUCCCGAUCGCACCUACUGGCUAGCUGGUCUCGCCGGAGACACUGGUCGAUCCCUGGCCGAUUUCAUGAUUGCCCACAAUGCUCGGAAUAUUGUGCUAAGCAGCCGUCAGCCCACUGUCGACGAAGACUGGGUGCAAUGGCAAAAGGCAAGAGGUGCCACGGUGAGGUAUUUCGGAGGGGAUAUCACCAGCUUCGAAUCCAUGAAAGAAAUCCAUGACGCUAUCAAGGAGUCCAUGCCGCCCAUUGGGGGUGUUGCGAAUGGCGCCAUGGUUCUGCGAGACAGUUCCUUCAUGAAGAUGAGCUUCGACGAUUUCCAAGCGGUCCUAGGUCCCAAAAUCCAAGGCACGAUUAAUCUCGACCGGCUCUUCUGCGAUCCCAACCAACCACUCGACUGGUUCAUCGGGUUCAGUUCGGUCGCCGCAACCGUCGGCAACCCGGGACAAUCGGCCUACACCGCUGGAAACUGUUUCAUCAAGGGACUCGUCGACCGGCGGCGUAAGCAAGGCCUGGCUGGAUCAGUAAUUGACAUCACUCGAUUAGUGGGGCUGGGCUUUAUCGAGCGUGAAAGCCACGGCCGUCUGACAAAGGAGCACCAGGAGCGUCUAACUACGCGGUCUGGAACUAUUGCGAUGAGUGAGAAUGACCUGCACCAGUUGUUUGCGGAGGCGAUCUUGUCCGGACGACCGGACCUCGGUCUCAACCCGGAGAUCAUUACGGGUCUGGCGCCCAUCACCGCUGAGCAGUCGAAGGACGCAUACUGGAAGACCAAUACAAGGCUGUCGCUGUUGAUCAGAGAGGUAGGACAGGGGGAUACACAGGGUGGAGAGAGGGGUAACGCGGUUCCUCUGCGACAACUGCUAGAAGCGGCCAGGACAAUGCAAGACGCGGCGAAGGUGCUUUCAGGUGCCUUCAAAGGAAAGCUGCAAGCGUUGAAAUUCCUGUCGGAUUCUGACAGCUUGUACAACACUACGCCUCUAGUGGACAUGGGUGUUGACAGUCUGGUAGCAGUGGAAGUAAGGUCUUGGCUCUUGAAGGAGCUCGCAGUCGACGUGCCAGUCAUGAAGAUUCUAGGCGGCGCCUCCAUCACGGAUUUGGUGGAGGUUGUCGCGCAGAAGCUCCCUCAGGAGCUAUUGAGUCGGUUAGAUCCCGAAGGGCAGCGUAAGAGCAGCAAUGGCGAUGUGCCGGCUACUGUCGCCGACAAGGACUCUGUAGAAACGGCAGAAUCAAAGACCAACGGCAUUGACAGCGCUCGUGAAAUUGGUUCCAGUGGAGUCAACGGUAUCAACGGUAUCAACGGCACUCAUGACACUGAUAUGGAUAGCACCACGAACCUCAAUGGCACCACCGGGACCGUGGUCAUCGAGGAAAAGUUGGAGCACAAAACGAUGAAUGGCGUUGUUCCGAUCAUUAUCAGUGGGCAGGAGGUUGCCUAA